UAAUUGACAGAUCGACGGCGAUCGUUCUUACGAAAGACGGAAACGGAGGGCAGAAGCACCGGGUCAAAGGAAAGGUGCCGGAAACGGAGACGGUCUAUUUGAAUUCCGUUUCGGAGGUUCGUUUUAACGAGAGUGCCUUUAUUUCGCUCUCGACGAAAUUCACGGACACCUUCCGGGCACGGAGAGAGAAAGAGAGAGAGAGUGCACCUAAGAAGGGGAAUCAAGGGCGACACGGGCGCGACGUGGUCCCGACGAUUGCCUGUUGGACGAACGACGACGACGACGACGACUUGGCAGCCACUUCACCCCCGGUGGGACGAGGGUUCAAAAGAAAAGGUCACUGGAGUACGAGUUUCUACGGUCAUCGCUUGAAGCCUGUCCGCGGAGGAGUUCAACAGGAUUAAGAACGACGAGGAAGAUGAGGAACGGGACGUGGAUGACGAUCGGCCUGGCGAUCCUGAUCUCGAUGACCAUCACGUGCCACGGGGAACUUUACACAGCGUUGGCGGACAUGGAGGAGCUGCUGGAGACGGAGGCCGUGCUCAUCGACACGCUGAACGGGUACAUCAAAGCGCAGGAGGAGCGGCUGGCCACCCUCAAAAAAAACGUCGAGGAUUACGCGAGGGAGCACGAGGAGGCCUCGAGGAACAUUCAGCAGUACCUGUCGAACCCGAUCAACGCUUAUCUCUUGGUCAAGAGGCUGACCACCGACUGGAAGCGAGUGGAGGAGCUGAUCACUCAGGACGUGGGAAAGUCUUUCGUGGCUAACAUCACCAGCUCGCGUAGCGACCUUAAAUUCCCGACCGACGAGGACCUGAACGGUGCCGCCGUCGCUUUGAUGAGGCUUCAGGACACCUAUAAGCUCGAGACUGCCCAGGUCGCCAGGGGAGUGCUCAACGGCGUCCAGUACAGCACUGGACUCACUGCCGGCGACUGUUUCGAACUUGGCAGACAGUCUUAUCAUAAUCGUGAUUACUAUCACACCGUCCUGUGGAUGCAAGAAGCCAUGGACCGCCUUCAGGAGGAACAAAACGCUACGACGACUUCUAAGCCAGAUAUACUGGAAUAUCUAGCCUUCUCGACGUACAUGCAAGGGAACGUGGCACGAGCUUUAAGCAUGACGAACGAGCUCUUGGAACUGGUGCCGACACAUGAGCGUGCUUUGGGCAACCGAGCUUACUACCAGAAGGAGAUUCAGAGCAAAGCGAGCCAGUCAAAGAAGAAACGGGGCGAGGACGGCCAGGACGACACGGCCGUUCCUGCACAACAUUUCACAGUGGCCGAGGAGAAAGUGAAAACGUGGGGAGAGAUGUCCGAGAGAGAACGGUACGAGAUGCUGUGCAGAGGCGAGGUGUCGACCCCGCCUGAAGUGCAGAAAAAUCUCAAGUGUCGAUACGUCGACCGUGGGAUCCCGUUCUUGAAGAUCGCACCGUUCAAAGAGGAAGAAGCUUACCUGGACCCGAGGAUAGUCGUGUAUCACAACGUGAUAUACGACGAAGAGAUCGAGACCAUUAAGAGAAUGGCGCAACCCAGGUUCAAGCGUGCCACGGUGCAGAAUUACAAGACCGGUGCGCUGGAGAUAGCGAACUACAGAAUUAGCAAGAGUGCUUGGCUUCAAGAACACGAGCACAAGCACGUGGCUGCCGUCAGCAGGCGCGUGGAGCACAUGACGAGCUUGACCGUCGAUACAGCGGAGGAAUUGCAAGUGGUUAAUUACGGCAUCGGUGGUCAUUACGAGCCGCACUUCGACUUCGCCAGGAAAGAGGAAACGAACGCGUUCAAGAGCCUGGGAACUGGGAAUCGCAUCGCCACUGUUCUGUACUACAUGAGCGACGUCGAACAAGGAGGCGGUACCGUGUUCACGGCGAUUAAUAUUUCUCUAUGGCCAAAGAAAGGCAGUGCCGCUUUCUGGUACAAUCUGAAACCGAACGGCGAAGGGGAUUUCAAGACUAGACACGCGGCCUGCCCGGUUCUCACCGGUUCCAAAUGGGUGGCGAACAAAUGGUUGCACGAGAGAGGUCAGGAGUUUCUGAGGCCUUGCACUUUGGAGAAUCAAUCCCCGGACGAAGAGAUCAGGCAGUGAACUUCGGACUGUUAGUGAAAAUAAAACGAAGAGAGACAGGAUUCUGAAUUGUCGUAAGAUCGCUGAAACGUGGAACAUCUCACGGCUGUGUGUUCGGGCGAACGACGUUUCAUCUCUGUUACCCGGCGAUCAUUACCCCCGGUGGAUUUUGUAUUAAAGGCAGAGGGCGAAUUGUACAACUGCCAACUUCCGAUUCCAACGUGCAUUUAACGUUUCUAAUAAACCCUCGUUUUUUAUUAUUAACAGACUGCGGACAUUUUGUACGAACGCGCGAGACCCGCAGUCGACUCGUUAAGCGAUUGUACAGCGUAAGAUAGAAGUUUCGAUGAAAUUCGCUCAUUAACAUGCUACUAUAUCGUUAAACUAGAGUUUCUACAGGUGCACAUAUAGUAUUAGGUAGUGUAACGUUAGGAUUCAAGCAAUAAUAAAGUUGCACGUCUCGGCCAGUCGUUAGUUCACCGUGGAAAAUCUUGUGAUCGUGUACAGAAAUUAACGAUCGUGUACAGAGCACAAGAUUCCAAACGAUUUCACUCUCGUACAUAGUAUUGUAUGAUUAACGUGUAUGAAUGAAAAAUGUGGAAUGAUACAUUCCUGUGUUCACCAGAGAGUAUUGCAAUUGAUAGACUGCGGAUUUGAUGCGUGAUCUAAUGGAAAAUUUAUCCGAUGCACAAGGAUAAAAAUGAGAUUACCAGAUCUGAAUCAAAGUGACGAGCGUCGUCGCGUAAGAAUCUGCAGUCCAACGAAAUUUUCGAUCGUUCCUUAGAUCGGUUCUCUUUGUACAUAGUAGUGAUUAAACGAGAAACGUCUACGAUUCCUUAAAUCCAUUCGUCCUGUAUACGAAUCGCUUGUAAAAAGAUUGAACAGUAAUAAAACUAAUGAAGCAACUAAUGGAACGUGGCAGAAUUUCAAUGCCGCGUGUCUUUAGUGAGAGAUUCGACAUUAGAAUUUAAGACUUCGUCUCGAUGCUUGCAUCGAUAAAUAAGAUGUAAUGAAAAUUAUAAGAGGUAGAGAUCGAGGAAUACAAAAUUGAUGCUGCACU